GUAGUUUAAUCGUCAUAAAAUGCGGCCGCAGAAACGUUUCUGACCCUACGUGGAUACUUUGCUCUGAUAUUGUGGUUUAAAAAAGCUACACGUGUGUGUUUUGUAGAGGAAACCCCCCCUCUGUCACCACACUGGCAUCUCUUGUGUACAUUCUGUACUUUCUCGAGGGGGCGUGUGUUGCGUUCGUCGUGAUGUCAUUUCUACGCGACUAAACGCCGCUGUCCGCGUGCGCCAGCGUCGCAUGAUGCGCGCACAACAACAGCCAUGGCCGCCGUGGGUUUCUGUGGGGACUGGUUUGUCUUCAGCUGCGACACGAAACUCGUGGCGGUUCACAGCAAACAGACCAGAGAGCCGUUUGUGUUUGACUGCAGCGCCGCCGAGAAGAAGCCAAAGACUACGAAGGAUGAUAACAACAGUGAUGGCGCCUCAGAGGAAACAGGAAGUGACAAAGUCCUUGCCUUCACCGUGUCUCCAUCUGGAAAGCUGGUGGCGCUGACGGAUGACAACAAGAGGCUGGUCCUGUUUCACUGCGAGCCUUCAUGGCGCUGUAUCAGCAUCAGGUUUGUGAUGAGGAGGUGCACCUCCCUGAUGUUCAGCCAGGCCGAGAACGAGCUGCUGGCAGCGGACAAAUCAGGAGACGUGUACUCCUUCUCCGUGGUGGAGCCGCAGAGGGAGGGCGAGCUGAAGAUGGGCCACCUGUCCAUGUUGUUAGCUGUGACCACGUCGCCGGACGACAGGUACAUCAUCACAGCCGACCGCGAUGAGAAGAUCAGAGUGAGUCUCCUCAGGUCUCCGUACAACAUCCAGUCCUUCUGCCUGGGUCAUCAGCAGUUCGUCAGUGCUCUGCUGGUCCCGGCAGGUCAUCCACACUUGCUGCUGUCAGGAUCAGGGGACGGGACCGUGAAGCUGUGGGAGUACGAGUCCGGCCGUAAGCUGCAGAGCUGGGACCUCAGAGAGCUCGAAGAGACACCGAGCUCUGAGGCGGACAAACAGAAGACACCAACUGUGUGCCGUAUCACCAGCUCUCCUGAUGCUCAUGUCGCCGUGCAGUGUGAAAGAGUGUCCUCGGUUCAGUUUUUCACUGUGGACCAGGAGGCCGAAGAGAAGCUGGUGCCCCGCAGCAGGCUGUCCCUGCCCCACUGUCCCCUGGACGUGACCUUUGACCCGGAGGGCCGGCUGUGGGCGCUGAUGGACUCCAGCGAAGCACCGCUCCGAGUCUACAAACACACAGGAGACUCCUGGGAGUGUGACGCCCAGAGUCCUGAGCUGAGCAGAGUGACUGAAGCCCUCAGGCCACACUGGGAGACGCUUCAUCAGGCAGCUCCCACGAGGGCCAACAGCCGCUUCGAGCACCUGUAUAAGGUGAGCUUCGACAACGUGACGGCGUACAUGCAGAAGAAGCAGCAGAGGCUGGAGGAGCAGCAGCUGAAGAGGACGAAGGCACACAAAGCGAACGGGAGCAAGAAGGCGAAGACAUCAGCAGCUGGACCUCAGUCAUCCGCCUGAACGGACACUUUGGAAGGAGCUUCAGUGUUUCCUUUAUGAUGCUUUGAGUGAUGAAUCUGAGUUGAAUGCGUUUGACGGAGCACGUGGAGAGUCUGUGCUUCAUCACGUGGCCUCUAGAGAUGGAUUUUUUUUUAUGUUUGGCACAAAUUUCUGGCUGAUUUUUAGAAAUAAACAUGCUUCUGUUUUUCAGCAUCA